GGAGCGCCGGCCGCAAUCGCAGAGAGCGAGCGAGGGAAGGCGCCCGCCCCGCACUUCGCCGCUUUCGGCGGGGAAUCGCCCGGGACACCCGCCGGCAGACCCACACCGGCCGCCGCCGCCGCGCCAUGGCGCUCGCAAGGCAAGUGCUUUGUCUCUCUGCUUUCCUGUCGCUGCCGCUCGCUCGCGCCGAGCCCAUCCGCUACUCCGUAGCCGAGGAGGCGGAAAGCGGCUCCCUGGUGGGCAAGCUGGCGGAGGAUGCGGGGCUGACGCCGGCGCAGCUCUCGGCUCGCCGCGCCCGCCUGGUCUCGGAGGACGGCCGGCAGCAUUUUCGCUUCGAGCGCGCCUCCGGCCGCCUCGUCGUGGCGGGGAGGCUGGACCGGGAGGAGCUGUGCGGCCAGUCCGCCACCUGCAUGCUCCCCUUCGAGCUGCUGCUCUCCAGCCCCCUGCAGUUCUUUCGGGUCGAGGUGGCUCUCGAGGACAUCAAUGACCAUUCUCCCGUCUUCCCCGAGGAUCGACUCACUUUUAAGAUCCCUGAAACAAGCGAAUCGGGAUCACAUUUCCCGUUGGAGGAGGCUCAGGAUCUCGAUAUUGGCAGCAACACAGUUCAGGCGUACAGCAUCUCUCCCGAGAACGAGUACUUUAGUGUCUCCUAUGGGACUGGGAUUACUGGCAAGAAGUAUCUUGAAUCUGUUUUAGAAAAGCCACUAGACAGGGAGAAGCAGGCAGAGAUGGAUUUAACUCUCAUUGCUGUAGAUGGAGGCUCUCCUCCCAGGAGUGGGGCCACCGAAAUCCAUGUUGUCAUUCUAGAUGUAAAUGACAAUGCCCCUAUAUUCACACAGGAAGAGUACAAAGGACAGAUUCUGGAGAACAUGCCAGAAGGCUCUGUGGUACUGACUGUGCUAGCAAGUGAUAAGGAUGCAGGAGUUAAUGGGGACAUUUCCUAUCAACUCAUCCAAGCACUAGGUCAGAGUGACUCAGCGUUUGUGAUUGAUCCCAAAACGGGUGAAAUUAAACUCACAAAGCCUCUGGACUUCGAGGCAGCAGAGCAUCAUGAACUCCUGGUGAGGGCCACAGAUGGAGGGGGCCUGUCAGCAAUCUGCAAAGUGUUGGUGGAGGUGGUGGAUGUGAAUGACAACGCCCCAGAGCUGGUGGUCAGUUCCUUCAGCAGUCCCCUCCCGGAGAACACAGUGCCCGGCACGGUGGUUGCCCUGUUUACGGUCAGGGACCGGGAUUCUGGUGCCAACGGGAAGAUCUCCUGUGCCCUGGAGGAUCAGCUCUCCUUCUCCCUGCGGCCAGCCUAUAAGAAUUACUAUGAGCUGGUGACAGUGAGCGCGCUGGACCGCGAGGAGACGCCUCAGUACAUCCUCAGUGUCACGGCAGCAGAUGCGGGCUCGCCUCCUCUCACCAGCACGCAGACCUUCACCGUGGACAUCUCGGAUGUCAAUGACAACGCGCCCGUCUUCAACCAGACCUCCUACAGCAUGUACGUGCGUGAGAACAGCGUGCCCACGGUGUUUGUGGGAGCCGUGAGCGCUGCAGACGCUGACGUGGGGCUCAAUGCCAAGGUGACCUAUUCCCUGGCCCCAGAGCAAGGGGCAGGGCGGGCCUGGUGCUCCUGCAUCUCUGUGGACUCGGAGAAGGGACACGUGUUUGUGCUGCGGCCCCUGGACUACGAGCACUUGAGGCAGACCGAGGUGACGGUCAGUGCCUCUGACGCGGGCUCUCCUCCCCUGAGAGCCAACGUCAGCGUGCGCCUGGUCGUGCUGGACGAGAACGACAACGCCCCGCUCGUGCUCUACCCAGCCCAGGACGGCAGCCCGGCCUCCAGUGAGCUGGUGCCCGUGUCGGCCGAGGCGGGCUACCUCAUCAGCAAAGUGGUGGCCGUCGAUGCCGACUCGGGGCAGAACUCCUGGCUCUCGUACCACCUGCUGAGGGCCAGCGACCCAGGGCUGUUUUCCGUGGGCCUCCAAAGCGGGGAGGUGCGUCUGAGGAGGCCGGUGACAGAGAGAGACAGCGUGAAGCAGAAGCUCGUUGUCCUGGUCAGAGACAACGGCAAGCCCCCGCUGUCAGCCACGGCAGCUCUGAGCGCUCUGCUGCUCAAGGACUUCUCAGACGUGCGCCUGCCGCACAGCAGCCCGGCCACCGAGGAUCAGGGCGGCUCCCUGACCACCUACUUGAUCAUUUCCCUGGUCUUUGUCUCACUGCUCUUCCUCAUCUCCACCGCAGUCUUGGUCGCUCGCAAGGCGUGCAGGAGGAAGGAGCUGAAGGCUGGCCCUGUGCUUUAUGCUGCCGACACCUUGCAGAGCGGCCUGGCCGAUGCAGCCGCUGCAGGGACCCUGCCCCGCGCCUAUUGCUACGAGAUCAGCCUGACCACGGGCUCGGGCAACAGCGAGUUCAAAUUCCUCAAGCCCAUCCUGCCCAGCCUGCCCCCUCAGCACUGCGCCGUGGGCCAGGGCCCGGAUGAGGAACAGGAUUUCCCCAGUGUCCCUGUCAGCACCGAGGACAUGGCCCCAGGCAAUGCUGGGGCUCUCUCUGCGGGACAGUUCAACGCUCUUUCCUUUAACUACCCGGAAACAAGCGACCCCGGCUCUCGUUUCCCUUUGGAAGGUGCUCAGGAUCUCGAUAUUGGCAGCAAUACAGUACAGAAGUACAAAAUUGCUCCCGAAAAUGAGUAUUUCAGUGUCUCCUAUGGGAGUCGUACUGAGGAUGACAAAUAUGUAGAACUUGUUUUGGAAAAGCCACUAGACAGAGAGGAUCAGGCAGAGAUGGGUUUCAGUGUCAUUGCUGUGGAUGGGGGCUUUCCUCCUAGAAGUGGGACCAUCGAGAUCUCUGUUAUCAUUCUAGAUGUGAAUGACAAUGCUCCCUUAUUCACACAAGAGCGUUAUAUUGCAAAGGUUCUGGAGAACAUGCCAGAAGGCUCUGUGGUUCUGACUGUGUUGGCAACUGAUCCGGAUGCAGGAGUUAAUGGGGACAUCUCAUAUCAACUCAUUGAAGUGGUUGGUCACAGUGAGUCAGCAUUUGUGAUUGAUCCCAUAGCUGGUGAAAUUAAACUCACAAAACCUCUGGACUUUGAGGCAGGUGACACUCACGAACUCCGUGUGAGAGCCACAGAUGGAGGAGGCCUGUCAGCAAUGUGUAAGGUGUUAGUGGAGGUGGUGGAUGUGAAUGACAACGCCCCAGAGCUGGUGGUCAGUUCCUUCAGCAGUCCCCUCCCUGAGAACACAGUGCCCGGCACGGUGGUUGCCCUGUUUACGGUCAGGGACCGGGAUUCUGGUGCCAACGGGAAGAUCUCCUGUGCCCUGGAGGAUCAGCUCUCCUUCUCCCUGCGGCCAGCCUAUAAGAAUUACUAUGAGCUGGUGACAGUGAGCGCGCUGGACCGCGAGGAGACGCCUCAGUACAUCCUCAGUGUCACGGCAGCAGAUGCGGGCUCGCCUCCUCUCACCAGCACGCAGACCUUCACCGUGGACAUCUCGGAUGUCAAUGACAACGCGCCCGUCUUCAACCAGACCUCCUACAGCAUGUACGUGCGUGAGAACAGCGUGCCCACGGUGUUUGUGGGAGCCGUGAGCGCUGCAGACGCUGACGUGGGGCUCAAUGCCAAGGUGACCUAUUCCCUGGCCCCAGAGCAAGGGGCAGGGCGGGCCUGGUGCUCCUGCAUCUCUGUGGACUCGGAGAAGGGACACGUGUUUGUGCUGCGGCCCCUGGACUACGAGCACUUGAGGCAGACCGAGGUGACGGUCAGUGCCUCUGACGCGGGCUCUCCUCCCCUGAGAGCCAACGUCAGCGUGCGCCUGGUCGUGCUGGACGAGAACGACAACGCCCCGCUCGUGCUCUACCCAGCCCAGGACGGCAGCCCGGCCUCCAGUGAGCUGGUGCCCGUGUCGGCCGAGGCGGGCUACCUCAUCAGCAAAGUGGUGGCCGUCGAUGCCGACUCGGGGCAGAACUCCUGGCUCUCGUACCACCUGCUGAGGGCCAGCGACCCAGGGCUGUUUUCCGUGGGCCUCCAAAGCGGGGAGGUGCGUCUGAGGAGGCCGGUGACAGAGAGAGACAGCGUGAAGCAGAAGCUCGUUGUCCUGGUCAGAGACAACGGCAAGCCCCCGCUGUCAGCCACGGCAGCUCUGAGCGCUCUGCUGCUCAAGGACUUCUCAGACGUGCGCCUGCCGCACAGCAGCCCGGCCACCGAGGAUCAGGGCGGCUCCCUGACCACCUACUUGAUCAUUUCCUUGGUCUUUGUCUCACUGCUCUUCCUCAUCUCCACCGCAGUCUUGGUCGCUCGCAAGGCGUGCAGGAGGAAGGAGCUGAAGGCUGGCCCUGUGCUUUAUGCUGCCGACACCUUGCAGAGCGGCCUGGCCGAUGCAGCCGCUGCAGGGACCCUGCCCCGCGCCUAUUGCUACGAGAUCAGCCUGACCACGGGCUCGGGCAACAGCGAGUUCAAAUUCCUCAAGCCCAUCCUGCCCAGCCUGCCCCCUCAGCACUGCGCCGUGGGCCAGGGCCCGGAUGAGGAACAGGAUUUCCCCAGUGUCCCUGUGAGCACUGAGGACAUGGCCCCAGGCAAUGCUGGGGCUCUCUCUGCGGGACAGUUCAACGCUCUUUCCUUUAACUAGCCUGGGUUUUGUGGA